AUGAUAAAUAAAAGUUUAGAUAAACAUAAAACAUACGAUUUCGUUUGUUAUAAAUGUUUUAGUUUUGCUUGUUCAAAAUGUAUGCUCGAUCAUAUCAAAGAGAAUCCUGAUCAUUCAAAGGAGUGUAAACAUUUAGAUGAAAUCGAACAUUCAUUGAACAAUAUGAAUUUAGAUGAUUUUAUUGACACCAUCCCCACAACAACGAUAACAACAACAACGACAACAACAACGAACAAUAAUUAUAAAAUUAAUGAAAGUACCGGUACUAAUAGUAGUAAUGAUAAUAAUAGCAGUAAUAAUAAAAUUUCACAAAUCAAUAAUGAAAUUCAAAUGAUAUGGGAAUCAUUAAGAUCAUCGUCUUCACUCUACCAAAGAUUAUCAACAACAGAGAAUGAUAUCAAACAACACUUUGAACAAUUACAUCAAUAUCUGAUCAUUGAAGAACAUAGACUACAAAGAGAUAUUAUCAAUGAUAAACAUACAAUCGAAAACCAUAUCAAUUUUUAUAUGGAUAGAAUGAAAACUUUAAUACUUGUUAUAAAUAUAUAUAAUAAAGUAAAUAGUAAUAAUGACAACCAUGACGAUGAUAGUGAUAAUAGUAGUGAUGAUCAAUCAAUAAUUGAAGACACAGCAUCAUUAUAUUCAACAACAACAAUAAUGGAAUCAAUUCGAUCAUGUUCAUCAUUACAUUCAUUCAUCAAUGAUAGUAAAAGUACAUUAUUAAAUGAAUUUUCUUUUUUCAAUACUGAUAUCGAUGAACUUCUCAAACAACCCUCCGAUGAUGUUGAUGCAAGAUCAGUAUUGUUAGAUUCCAUUUAUCUUUUCAACAAUGAACUUAAAUCAACAAAAAACAUAGACAAUGACUUAUCUUUAUUAUCAUCAUAUAAAUUAUCAAUCAAACAACCUGAUUUCAAUCAAUUGAAUUCAAUCAUUAAACAAUCAAUCAAACUUGAUAAGAUUGGAUCAAAUGAAUCAAUAAAUACAACAACAACAACAAACAACAAUGAUAAUAAACAAUCUUAUAUUUUUAUAACACACAAACCAAAUGGAGCAACACUGAUCAACACAUCAAACAACUAUUCGGUUGAAGAAUUAAAGUUUGAUUAUCAAUUUACUCAAACAUACAACUCGAUUGUUUCAAUUGGUGAAUAUAUCUAUAUAUUCGGUGGAUAUGGUAAUAUAAACAAAUGGAUGAAAAUAUCAAUGAAAUCGAAAUCAGCUGAACAUAUUGGUGAUUUUGAAGGUGAUUCUAAUAUAUCAGUUUGUUAUGAUGGUCAAGAUCAUAUCUAUUUGGUGAAUGGUUAUCAUAAAAAGAACAAUAUUGAUCGAUUCAAUAUCAAAACUCUGACAUUUGAAAGAUUAUAUCAAUUACCUCAAGGCUAUGGUACACAGGGAUCAUCCAUGAUCUUCAAAGGUUCAUUAUAUUCAAUAUCACAAAAUCAAAACAGGUUAUUUGAAUUCGAUUUGACAAAUAGAACGAUAGAAAACCAUAACAUUCACUUUAUACCAUUAUCAGCAUGUCAUGAUAACAAUGGAAAUUUCUACAUAUUGGAUCGAAUAAACAAACGAUUCAUCAAAUACAAUGUUGAAACCAAGCAAAUCAGCAAACUCAAUGCUACUUCUCUUACAAAUGGACAGCAAUCAUUUGUAAUGUAUCAUCGAGAAUCACCAACAUCAAGUUAUAUCUUUUCAUUUGGUCCAUCUCUUGAUUGUAAUUUCAAAUAUUCAAUCGAAUCCAAUCGAUGUCAACCAUUCUUUAGAAAUAUUAAAAAUCACAAUAGAGCGUGGUGUGCAUCUACUUCAAUUACAUUAUAA